AGUGCACACACCUGAGCUUACUGCUAAGGAGUGGUUCCCCUUCCAGUAAAGGAGAAUGACAGAAUUUUCCUCCAGGCGGGUGUUCACGGCACUCCUGUCCAGGGGAUGAACAAUCAGUAUGUCCGUCGAGAGGUCUUCUGCAGGAACAGCUGCCAUGAGCUCAAGCGGUUCUGGGAGAGGGAGAUCGGGAAGCAGGCGUGCUACAGAGAGUCCGAGGAGCACCGCCUAGGAAGGAGCGCCCUGAGAAAACUCAGAGAAGAAUGGAAACAGAGGCUGGAGACAAAGCUGAGGCUGCGGAACAACCCAGACGAGGCUGAGAAGCGAGCAAAUGUCAGCUCAGAGCUUCCCGCAUCCGCAACCGACCGAGGCGCAGAGGUCACUCCAUUAGAAGCCAGUUAAACCCCAAGUCCCUCUGCUUGCACAUCCUUCCCCAGUGCCCCGCCCCGUGGCAGCUACUUCCUCUCUGCAAGGAAGCCAGGCUAAGAUUCCCAACGCCUCUGAACCGUGAGCUUGUAUCAAGGCCUCAGACACCGUGUUUGUUUUCAUAUCAUUUCCCUCUCGUUUUAAAAUCUUUUAAAGUCUGUGCAUAUCAGAAGGGAUUCCCAUCUUCUUGGUCUUACUUUAAGCACUGCAUAGUAUUUCUGCUCCACCAUUUCAACCAAGAAAAGUAACUACGUGAAGUGAAAUCUCUUCCUUUAAUGAGAAGAGCAAUGAGCCCGUCUACAGAAACAGCAGCACCAGUAGUCCAUACAUAAGGCUUGCAAAGAACCGGUCUCUCUGUGUAUUAUUAUUAAUUAUUAUUAUUAUCAUUAUUUAUUGAAUUGAAUCGGCCUUCAGAAACCAUGUCUAUCAAUAAAAUAUGGAGAUAAUUUUAAUAAAUUCAGUCGUUUGCUAGUCCA